AGUAUAAAUUUGAAACUCGAACGAUGAACUUCCCUUCCGUAAAAUCUGCAUAUAAAAACAUAUUUUCGUCGAUUUUUAUAUUAAAAUGUCCGAAAAUCAGCAUGAAACGUUAUAAAAUGUCGUUACAAGUGAAAUAGGCAGCCGAUUGAAUCGUGUUGAUAAAGCAACUAUCAAAAUGACUUCAAGCAGAUUGGACAGGUUGUUUGUGUUGUUAGAAACUGGCAGUUCUUCAGUCACAAGGUCAGCUGCUGCCAGACAGUUAGGAGAGGUGCAACGGUUACAUCCCCAUGAACUUAACACUUUAUUAUCAAGAACUGCCACAUACUUAAGGUCUCCCAGUUGGGAGACCAGGAUUGCUGCUUCUGAGGCAGUUCGGGCAAUUGUCAGCAAUGUACCCCAGUGGAAUCCCAAAGGGGUGGACACAAAAACAGAGGAUGAUGGACAGUGUCCGUCUCUCUCGGCGGUGGGUCGGCUUCGGUUCGAACAGUUUGAUAUGGGAAAGGUGCUGGCGAACAGCACCCAUUUAAUGGCGUCAGAGGGCAAGGAGUUCGACGUUGAGGAAGAUUCCAGCGCAGGAGUCGACACGAAAGAACGAAUGGCUAAGCAGAGACAACUUCUUAACGCUCGUCUGGGUCUCGACGUUGCUGCCAAUCUUGGUUUCGACACCGCCGGCCUAUUUUCCAACGAAGACUUGGUGAACACCAGUCAAGAGAUGCCCGAAAAAUCCACCGACAACAGAAAACCAGUGAGGGAUGUUAUAUCUAGUUCAAGUGAAGGUCUAAGCUCCCGGGAAAUGAACAGGGCGAGAAGAAAGGCCAGAAUGGCUAUCAGUAAACAAAGAUCCCGUGAUCCAGCGGAAGACACAAGUAACGGUUCCGAGGAGCCGGAUCGGAAGAAAAUUAAGGUUGAAGUCAAGGAAGAGUACACAAUUAACUGUGAUUUAGAGGCCGGCGACGCUGGAGAUUGGCCGUUAGAAUGGUUCUGCGAUCAGCUUAGCCAAGAUUUGUUUAGUUCAGCAUGGGAGGCAAGACAUGGAGCUGCAACUGCUUUAAGAGAAGUGCUGACUGUUCAUGGCACGGGAGCGGGGAGGGCGACAUAUUUACAAACUUCCCAAAUGGAGGAGUAUCACGAAAUUUGGCUGGAAGACAUGUCUAUACGGUUGCUAUGCGUUUUAGCUCUAGAUCGGUUCGGUGACUUCGUUUCAGACGCGGUCGUGGCUCCGGUACGCGAAACUUGCGCUCAGGCCCUUUGCACCGUCCUCAAACUAAUGAACGACACAUCCUGUACGGGAGUCUUGAAAAUUCUCCUUCAACUACUUGACCAUCAGGAAUGGGAGGCCCGCCAUGGCGGUCUUUUAGGACUUAAAUAUUUACUGGCCGUCCGAGAAGAUCUCAUCGACACCUUGUUGCCGGAAGCAUUUCCUUUCAUACUGCAAGGUCUGUCCGAUACGGUGGACGACGUAAGCGCAGUCGCCGCUUCCGCGUUGAUUCCCGUUUCAGAAAAGUUGUGCCAACUAGUCCCUCACAGUGUACCCCUAGUCAUUGACAAGCUCUGGGACUUGCUGACCGAACAAGACGAACUCGCAGCCGCCUGCAACAGUUUCAUGGGUCUCUUGGCGGCCAUCCUCAGUCUCCCCCAAGCUCAAACCAUCAUCCCGCCUCAACCGCUUAACGAAGUCGUACCAAGACUGUGGCCGUUCCUCAGCCACAACACCUCAUCAGUCAGAAGGGCCACGUUGCAAACGUUGGGCACGUUGUCGGAAAGGCCGCCACAAGGUGGUCACAUAAUGUGGGACGCUCAGUUGCUCCAAGACGCUUUGAGGCACGUCUAUCAGCGUGUGUUGGUUGAACCGAACGGAGACGUUCGCAAUUAUGCGGAGAAAGUGUGGCAGCAUCUGGUCGAGAAUUCCGGACUUGUUGAGUUGUUGCAUGCCGCCUGUCCGUGCGUUAAGGUUUGGCUUUCGUUGAGCAUGCACUCUACUAGGUCGCCACUGGACCCCAACCUUCUCAUAGUUGCUAAAUCGCCUAAGAAGAAGAGUACCAUUGAAGGGCUCAACAAUUUUGAUUCUGAGGUGUCGCCAAAGUGGUACAUUGGAGGUAGCGAAACCACACCGAUGGCGGUGAGAGAAAAUAACGCCGUGCAGGUCCGGUGUAUGACUGCUAGGAUGCUGGGACUAUUGUCUUGUUAUAUUAUUAAACCAGCCCCCGGGAUUGACUACAGCACUGGCAUAGAUAAACCUAUAGAAUGUUACGAAAAAGUAUUACUAGUCCAUUUAAAUACGAAUUCGGCGCUCCAACGGAUGAUGACAGGAUUGGUUAUAUCCGAAUGGGCGCGUCAAGACGCAGAGCCCAAAGAUUGCCCACCCAACUUGGGACAACGUUUGAACGCGUGCCUAAAUGAUUGUGUCUAUUUCGACGAAAUCGCCGUAAGCUUCACGCGUUUGGCCCAAGAAACCCGUGACUUUUUAGCCACACUUAAACACUACAAGGUCCCAGUCACCACUGAGACGGAAAACGUGCUAACCCUGCAAAAUAUACAAGAACUUACUGGCACAAGCACACGUGAUAUUUUGUUCAAAUGCAAAAUUAAGACCAAAGUUCAGGAGAGUUUGGAGGAACGUAGGAAAAGCAUCCAGAACUGUGUAUCAUACACAAGUAGUGAACAACUCAAAUUGAGCAUCAGCGCUUUGGCUGCCUUGUCAGGUGCCAUUGUUAUGUUUAAGUGCUUACCUGAAAAACUCACACCAGUGGUUAAACCUUUAAUGGAAUCUGUAAAGAGAGAAGCCGAUGAAAAUUUGCAGAAAAUAUCGGCGAAACAUUUAGCUUGUCUUUUAGAACAAUGUAGAGGCAGAAAUCCGUGUCCGAACGACAAGAUUAUAGCGAAUUUAUCCAUGUUUCUAAGGUGUGAUCCUGAAUUUACGCCCAUUAUUGCCAGACCCACUUCUGGACAUAGCAACAACGCGGGAGGGAUUGAAAUUGAUAAUUACAAUGGAAUCGUAACGCUGUUUAACCAGCAAGUGAGGGCGGAAAAAGCAGCAUUCAGAAGAUUGAACAGCACAGGACGCGGACCAGGUAGACCGCCUACCACCGACAUACCACUCGAAGACAUGUUCCGCGAAGAAGAUGAGACCCAAAAGAGGAACCAUAUCCAACGUCGUGGUGCCUCUCUCACACUCUCCGAAAUAACGCGUCAUUUCGGCGCCGAUCUGCCUGUCAAAUUGCCCAAAUUGUGGGAAAUGAUGAUCGGUCCCCUGAUGGAAACCGUCACCGAAGGUAACUUCGAUCCCGCCGAACUGAAGGACAAGGACGAACUGGCAGAAAAUCUGGUAUGGUCGUUGGUUGUAUUGGAGGUGGUCAGUUCCAGUUUGCACGAAAGUCUACUGCCGGAAUUGAUGGAGAAGGUGUUGGUGAGGCUGUGCGUCCUACUCUCGCAUCCAUACAGAGCUGUGCGGCACCUGACGGCCAGGUGUUUGGCAUCUUUUUCUAAACUCGACUCCGUUAGAGUUAUGGAAUUGGUCGUCAGUCAUGUGCUGCCAAAACUGGGAGCUACCGACUGUGAUAUAGAUCGUCAGGGGGCGGUCGAGGCAGUCACAUGUAUAGUAGACGCCCUCCAGUUGGAUAUCAUACCCUUCGUUGUACUUCUAGUAGUGCCACUUCUUGGACGUAUGUCCGAUCAGAACAUGCUUGUACGUUUAAUGAGUACUCACAGCUUCGCUAAUCUAGUCCAAUUAAUGCCGCUCGAUGGAGGCGUGCCCGAACCACCUGCCAUGAAAAAUAGUCUGUUGAACGCACGCCGUGACAAAGAGAGGGAAUUUUUACAGCAGUUAUUAACUCCUUCUUCUAUCCCAGAUUAUCAAGUGCCAGUGCCGAUAGCAGCCGAACUAAGAAGUUACCAACAAGCGGGCGUUAACUGGUUAGCGUUCCUUAACAAGUACAAAUUGCACGGCAUUCUGUGCGACGAUAUGGGUCUCGGUAAAACGUUGCAAAGCAUCUGCAUAUUGGCCGGUGAUCAAUAUAACAGAGAUCAAAAGUAUAAAGAAACCAAAUCACCGGAUUGCGCUCCACUGCCGUCACUUGUUGUUUGUCCUCCAACUCUCAUAGGGCACUGGGUUUAUGAGGUACAAAAGUUCCUGUCACACAAAUACCUGAAGCCACUACAGUACAAUGGAUCGCCCAACGAAAGGGAACGUUUGCGUUCUAAAUUCAAACGUCAUAAUCUCAUCGUCGCAUCCUACGACAUUGUUCGCAAAGACAUCGCGUUCUUCUCCAAAAUCCGUUGGAACUAUGUAAUUCUAGAUGAAGGGCACAUCAUAAAAAAUGGUAAAACGCGGACCAGCAUGGCCAUCAAGGAUCUGAUGGCGAACCACAGAUUGAUUCUGAGCGGUACCCCGAUUCAAAAUAACGUGCUGGAGUUGUGGAGUCUGUUCGAUUUUCUCAUGCCGGGAUUUCUGGGUACCGAGAAACAAUUCACCGCUCGAUACUCGCGACCGAUUUUAGCCAGUCGUGAUCCCAAAUGCUCGCCCAAGGAACAAGAGGCGGGAGCGUUGGCGAUGGAAGCGUUGCACCGACAAGUGUUGCCGUUCCUGUUGAGGCGAAUGAAAGAGGACGUGCUCGACGAUCUGCCGCCGAAGAUCACGCAAGACUACUACUGCGAACUGAGCCCGUUGCAAGAGCAACUGUACGAGGAUUUCUCGAAAUCGCAGGCCCACCAGACUUUACAAGAAAGCAUCUCCUCCGGCGCCACUGCCAGUUCUAUUCAAGGAAAUACGCACAUUUUCCAGGCGUUGCGUUACUUGCAGAACGUGUGCAAUCAUCCCAAGCUGGUGUUGAGCACCUCCCAUCCGCAGUACCAGAAAAUUAUCGAAAAGCUGCAGCAGAACAAUGCACGUUUAGAAGAUAUAGAUCACGCUGCCAAAUUGCCAGCAUUAAAGCAACUGUUGCAAGACUGUGGAAUAGGCGUGACUUCAGAGGCGCAAACAUCUGAAAUCGUAAUUAACGAGCAUAGAGCUUUGGUGUUUUGUCAGUUGAAAGGAAUGUUGGAUAUCAUCGAGAAUGAUUUGUUCAAGAAACACAUGCCGAGCGUCACCUAUUUGAGGUUGGAUGGUUCGAUUCCGCCCAGUCAACGUCAUUCCUUCGUUACACGAUUUAAUAAUGAUCCAUCGAUUGACGUGCUCUUAUUGACCACACAAGUAGGCGGUUUGGGUUUGAAUUUAACUGGUGCGGACACUGUGAUAUUCGUAGAGCACGACUGGAAUCCGAUGAAAGAUUUACAAGCGAUGGACAGGGCGCAUCGUAUUGGACAAAGAAAAGUCGUCAAUGUGUACAGAUUGAUCACCAGAGGCACACUUGAAGAAAAAAUCAUGGGAUUGCAAAAGUUUAAAGUCCAGACAGCGAACACAGUGAUUAGCGGUGAGAAUAGUCACAUCGACACAAUGGGAACGGACCAGCUGCUCGAUCUGUUCCAACACAAGCCAGGGGCGAACGGCACCGGUGACGGACAGGGAUCGAGAUCAGGGACUGGGAGUGGCGUGAAGGCGAUACUCGAAUCGUUACCCGAGCUCUGGGACCAAAACCAGUACGACAACGAGUACGAUCUUCGCAAUUUCAUGGCAAAACUCAAGUGAAUGGUUAUCUUUGAAAAUGAAAGCAAUAAGGAGAAUCCGUCAAACGUGGGAGUGUCUAACAUAAGUGAAACUACCAAAGAAUAUUUAUAUUUAGUUACGUUUUUCUGUGUUGUACCUUAAAUAAGUAAUUUAUUAAUUUAAUGCAAAAGUGAAUUCUAGUUAUAUUUGGUAGUUUAACGAUAAAAUCAUUAUUCAUUUCAUAUUUAAUUUAUAUCUCAUUUAGGAUUAAAUAAAAUUAUAUUAUUUUUUCUUUUCUCUGAAAUACAAUAAAUUGUAUUUUAUAUAUUGUUCUUAAAGACUAUUUUAUGCGAUAGUAGUAUAAACCAUGUAUUGUAGCAAUAAAUGUUUUCAGAAUA